CCAAUGGGGAAAGUCGGGAGUAAAAACCUUCAGUUGAAAGUUGACAGGGAACUCACCUCUACCUAUAUAAAGAAGAGGCAGGCCGGUUCAUCGGAACAGUAUUCUUUAGGAUCGACGUAAGGGAACAAGUACUGAACAGAAUGUGGAGACUGUGUUUACGUGCGAUGCUAAUUAGCAUGAUCUGUGUGUGCGCACUAACUGAUAAUCCAUCGACCACUCCAAAAUUUGUAGAGAAAAGAGAGGCACAUAGGUACUGUGGUAGAAACCUCGCCAACAUUCUGAAAUUCCUGUGCCAAGGCCAUUACAACGGCAUAGAUUACGACAGGAAAAGAAGAGAUGUGGACUUCUACGGUGAACCGAAGUUGUAUGGAGAUCAUGACUACGAUUUUUGGAGCCAGGCGGAAGAUGUGGAUGACUUUGCAGACCUACAUUACCCGUUCCGACCCCGUUCAGUAUCCAGCGUCUUACUGAACAAGUUAUUCCGGAGGAGACCAAAGAGGAACAAUGGUGGCAUUGUCGAAGAAUGUUGCAUAUAUAAAGGUUGUACAUUGAGUGAAUUAACAGAGUAUUGUUCACCCGUGCAGUAGCCUUAACUGGCGAUGGUGUAUUAAUGGAAUUAGGGAUGUCCAAGCCUAUAUGUAUAUUUAUGAUCCACUUAUAAUUAAGAAAUGCCUAACUGUAUGUUAUUUUUCGACAUUUUCCACUAUUUAGGUAAAUCAUGUGUCGUCUCGAUGUUCUGCUAAAAGCAAAGUGAUCUGUGUUAUUCCGUCAGGUAAAAAAACUGCGUAGGCCUGAAAACGCAAUAUGAUGUUGGACUUUGUAAAGAUUUUUUUUAAUAUUGCGUUAUGUUCAAAUUAUAUUACAGUAGGUAUGUUGGAAUAUCUGCAAUUGUAACACGCUGUACUCUAAAAACAAACGACACACAAACAGCCGAACGUCAUAUACUUGUAACACAUACCACACACUGUAUAACGAACACUGAACGAUAAGUAUUCGAAUACCGUACCAUAUUUAUUUCAUUUAUUUAAAAAUCUAAUGUUCACUCUAUAAAGUUCAAGUUUUAUCUAUAGAAACAUGGAAAUUCUUGUUUGAUCACGUAGAGAGAAAUUUUCUAUAUGAAAUUCGGUUCAUUCACUGAAAGGGAUAGGCCUGGUACCCGUAUGACAACAAGAACGUGUAACACUAAUAUUUGUAAAACAGUUCGUUGAUAAAAAAGCGUGAGAAAUUUAGUCCCUUGAAAAUUUAAAGGUGACUUAUUUACGAUGAACGGAUAAAACGGAAAUUCAAAAUAUUUAAAAAUUUUAAAGUCUGUUAAAUAUGUAUAAAGUUUAUUAUGAUAUUCUUGGACACCCUUUUUAAG